CUAGCCCCAAAAAAUGCCCUAAAUAAUUGCAAUAAAAUAAAAGAAAUGAUUACCAUUACGUUACAUAAAUUACUGAGCUAAUAGAAACAAACAAAAAUACAAAUUGUAAACCAGUGAAAGGCGGAAGAUAUCGCACACAAAGGUGUGCUCUAAUCCACUAAAAACAAACUGCUAAUAAAUAUCCUAAUUAAUUAGUUGAUAAAACAAAGUAAAUCAAAGUAAAUGAAACGAUAAACUUUAGGCAAAAUUAUAAUAUUAUAAUAUUCCCAAGCCAAAUUUAAGCUCAUGUUUUCCACUCACUCACUCACUUGUGAUAUUUCCCCCACACACACACACACUCGCUCAGAUAAACCCGCAGAUAUAUGGCCAGAUAUAUAUUAAACAUGCUUCACGCUCGCCUAAAGUUCUAAAAGUCAAGUGCAAUUUAAGCAAAAGCCACAACAACAACAACUCUAAACGCUCAAGUGACGUUUUAUUGGCGCAAGGUGAACGAAACACGAAAAUAUAAAACAAAAACAAAAAUCAAAAUAGGAAAACAACGUAGGAAAGUUCAGAAUGUUGGGAAUAGCCAACCCUAAAUGAUUUUCAUACUAAAAUCGCAAGUGAAACCAGAAACUUUAAGCCAACAAAUUAAUUGGAUUAACUUGGAGGGUCUGAUAAGGCCAGUAAAAGGAGACCUUGCCGUUUGAGCACUCGAAGCUCAGCGAACCCAGAUUUCCAUAAUGAUGAACCAGGAUAAUCCAUAUGCGAUGAAUCAGACGUGCAAGGUGUGUGGAGAGCCGGCGGCUGGAUUCCAUUUUGGAGCCUUCACAUGCGAGGGUUGCAAGUCCUUCUUCGGUCGGUCGUACAACAACCUCUCGUCGAUCUCGGACUGCAAGAACAAUGGCGAGUGCAUCAUCAACAAGAAGAACCGCACCGCCUGCAAGGCCUGUCGCCUGAAGAAGUGCCUCAUGGUGGGCAUGUCCAAGAGUGGCUCUCGCUAUGGUCGUCGCUCCAACUGGUUCAAGAUCCAUUGUCUGCUCCAGGAGCAGCAGCAGCAGGCGGUGGCCGCCAUGGCAGCGCAUCAUAACAGCCAGCAGGCUGGCGGAGGAGGAGCUCCCGGUGGCUCUGGAGGAGCUGGUGGUAUGCCCAAUGGAGUGAAGGCCAUGUCGGGUGUCCCACCACCUGCGGCAGCGGCAGCUGCACUGGGAAUGCUGGGUCAUCCCGGUGGCUAUCCGGGUCUAUAUGCCGCAGCCACCGCUGGAGGGGGAGGAGUGCGUAGCAAGGAGGAGCUCAUGAUGCUGGGAUUGGAGAGUGCGGGAGAGUAUGGUGCCCUUAAGCAUCCAGUGGUGGCCUCGCCCUCAGUGAGUUCCCCCGAUUCCCAUAACUCGGAUAGCUCCGUGGAGGUGAGUUCGGUGCGGGGUAAUCCGCUCCUCCACUUGGGCAGCAAGUCCUCGGCCGGUGGAGCUGCUGGCGGCGGUGGAGAUGGCACUCAGGCGAGUGGAGGAGGAGGUGCUGUGCCGGGAAGACCGCCACAAUUGCGCAAGGAUCUAUCGCCGUUCCUGCCCCUGCCCUUCCCGGGUCUCGGCUCUAUGCCUGUGAUGCCCCCACCCGCCUUCCUGCCGCCCUCGCAUCUGCUCUUCCCCGGCUACCAUCCCGCCCUGUAUUCCCAUCACCAGGGUCUGCUGAAACCCACACCGGAGCAGCAGCAGGCGGCCGUGGCAGCGGCGGCAGUGCAGCAUCUCUUCAACUCCAGCGGUGCGGGUCAGCGUUUUGCCUCAGGCACCUCGCCCUUUGGCAACCACCAGCAGCAGCAGCAGCACCAACCGCCGCCUCCGCAGCAGCAGCAGCACCUCAAGGAGGAGGAUCAUCCGGCACCAACGAGGAGUCCCAGUGGCCAUGCAAACAACAAUCACCUGCUGACCAAUGGCGGGGCAGCCGAUGAGCUGACCAAGCGCUUCUAUCUGGAUGCAGUUCUCAAAUCCCAAAGGCACAGUCCACCGCCGACCACAAAGCUACCGCCGCACUCAAAGCAGGACUACUCCAUAUCAGCACUGGUCACACCCAACUCGGAGAGUGGCCGUGAGAGGGUCAAGAGCCGGCAGAGCAAUGGCCAAAACGACGAGGAUGAGGAGGAGGACGAGAUGCGGGCGAAGCAAAUCAGAGAUGGUGCCGAAGAGGAUGAAGAGGAGGAAGAUCUAGUGGUCUCCAUGACGCCGCCACAUUCACCAGCUCACCACCAAGAGGCGGAAACCACGGCUGAAGUGGACAUUAAUCCCAGUCCUGGCCAGGAUAAUCCCAUCGAUUUGAGUAUGAAAACUACAGGGAGUUCGCUGAGCAGCAAAAGCAGUAGUCCCGAAAUGGAUCCAGAACCUGACAACUCCAGUCAAGGUGACAAAAUAGAAGCCGAUGAAGAGGCGGAAGAUGAGAAAGAAGAUGGGGAUGAAGAGGACGAGGAGGAGGAGGAUCUAAAGAUCACACCUGAAGAGGAUCAGCCAGAGGAGCAGGAGAAGCAGCUUCAGGAGACAGAACAGGAGAUCCCCGAGGAGAAAGGGAAGCAGGCUCCCCUCUUAAACAAUAACAACAGUAUCAGUAAUAACAACAAUAAUAAUAAUAACAGCAUCCUAAGCGAUACCGAGGCCAGUGAAACCAUCAAAAGGAAAUUGGACGAACUCAUCGAGGCCUCCAGUGAAAAUGGGAAGCGUCUGCGACUAGAAUCACCAGCCAAUGUCAAGGUGGCCACCUCCAAUGCCUUGGAUUUGACCACUAAAGUCUAAACAAAAGCACUUUCCGAAUGACAGUUAUCAGGCACUGAAGAUCGAUCGAGGCAAUAGAAAAUUAGCCCCCCGCUAGGACACCACCACCAAAAAAAACAAGAGAUAAAUAAAAGCAAAACAAAACAAAACAAGUAAUAAUAAUAAUAUACAUACGAGACAAUAAACGCAUGUGAGUUAUAUAAAUAAUGCGAAACAUGAAACGGACUCGGAGGAGUCCGGACUCCGAUUAACAAGCGCUAAAUACGAGUUCGUGCCGUUUUGGGUCCCAAGAUGUUAUCACAUCGUUUAAAACAACUAACCAAAUUGCCAAAAUAUGCAAAAGUCGAUCGGCCCCCGAAAAAAAGAUAUAUAUUUGCAUAUGGAGGGACCGAUCGAUCGAAAAAAAAGUAUAACACAAAUGCUGUCCAUAUCGAUAAUUUUAUUCAAUGAAUUAUAAACAAAUUUUUCGGUCGGCAAGAAUACAAAUUCGACAGAAAUGUGGAAGGAAAAGCUAAACAAAUGAUAAAAGAUAAUAGAAACUGUAGCAAAAUAUGCAAACAAAAAAAAGGGCAGCUUAUCUCUCGUGUAUCGCAUAUAUGUAUGCAUAAUAUCGUAGUGGAAUUUGUAUAGUCCAUAAGAUUCGUUUUCUUUCUAAGCUAUGAACCAUAUAUACAGUAUAAUGCUAAACGAUUUACUAUAUUUAGACGAUUCCGAUCCCCAAAAGUAUUUGUUAGUUUAAAAGCACCCGCAAAUCGUUCUAUAUAGAUAUAGCUCGAAGGUAGACAAAUUUUUCUGUGUAAUCUUACUCGUUUUGAGGUUUAGUUCGCUCGAGUUAUUAGUCACAAUUAGCAAAUUCUUUACAUUUACGCAAAAUAUAUAAAAUCAUAAUAUAUAAUAUGUAGUAUAUAGUAUAUAGAUGCGAUUAUGUAAAGCAAAGGCGCACAAAGUUGUAUAGCAAAUAGCAUAAAUUAUUAAUAUUAAUGUUUGCUUAAGUAUUUUUCCCAUUCCGUGUGAUGAUUUGGUAUGCAAAUCAAGAAAA